GUGACUUUACAUGUCCGAAUAAUUCAAGAUGGAGAACAAGGGUAAUGCAGUAGGUUUGGCAGUUGUUCCAGUUAUUGUUGUAACGGCCAUAUGGGUAAUUGUAGGUGCAAUUGUUCCUCUUUUUAUCAAAGGACCGAAUAAGAGAUUGAUACAGACAAUGCUUGUUAUGACUGCUGUCUGCUGUUGGUUAUUCUGGAUUUGUGCUUAUUUCUGUCAACUUAAUCCUCUUAUUGGACCAGAAAUAGAAGCAGGGGCAUUAAGGGCAGCUGUCAAGGAAUGGGGAGGCAAAGAUGUUUAGCCUCAUGAAUAACAUUAAAGACCCAAUGAUUUGUAAUUGUAUAUAGUCUGUUCUGGUGAUAUGAUGUAACAGGAUACAGAUUGAAUUAUCCAAGAGGAUUUUUAUUAACUUAAUGAUUACUAUUAGGUUACUGGGGAUCAGUGCAGGAAGGAGACAGUAUUUUGGAUGUUGUAAAUUUUAACAGUUUACAUGCUAACCAUUUGAUCCAAUCCAUAAAUUGUAACCUAAUCUUUUCUUAUGUUUGCUGUUUCAAAAGUGUAAAUUGAUUCCUUUAAGAACUUUUUUCAUAAAAAUUACAAUUUGGCAUUGGUGGUGUAUGAGGUAGAGCAAGAAUUUAUUUGUUAUUUGUUAUAAUGGCACUUUAAAGUGUAUAAUGAUCUUCUGGUUAUAUCUACAAACAAUCUGAAGGAGAGUGUUGAAUAAAGUUUAUUUUAAUGAAUUGUGUUACUUUCAUUAUCACUCUUACGAUAAUUGCAAUGAAGAGAUUACUUUUUUUUAUUUCAGUAACACCUCUGUUAAUACUUAUAGUACUUUAUGGAGUCUUAGGAAUUUUAUUUGUUCUCUUCAACCUUUUACACCUAGUGCUAGUAGGUGCAUAUCAUCCAUACUGUUCUUUGUAUAUUUCCUGUGGUACUGAUGAGGAGAUUGUAGCAAUAGUGAGCUUCUUCAGUUUGGUUUCAUUUCCUUUUACCUCAUGACUUUAAUGUUUGAUUCAGUGGUGAUACUGUAUGGAGAAAUUAUAUGCCAGUCUCUUUUAGGGGUGAAAGGGUCAUUAACUGCCCUGUGAGCUGAAAUUGCAUGAUAAUUUGCAGGCUCUGUUAACCAAUACUAUGAAUGUUAAAAAAAAUUGAUGAAGUUUAUUAUUAUCAUUACAAUUAUAAUUAUUUUAAAGCUAACAAUUUUGGGAUUUCUCCUGGAUCACUUCAGUGUCCAUAUAAUUAAGGAGAAUAAUGAUACUGUUAGUAAUAACAGUAAUGAAAUUGUUAAUGUUGACUAUAGAUAAGGACUGUGGCACUGAUAAUGCUACUAUUGAUAAUUAGUUAUUCUUUGAAAUGGAGUUGAUUUGGGGAAAAAAUAUUUCCUAAGCCUUGAAGUGACAAGGUGAAUACUUGAAAGGAAAGCACUUACAAUGAAAUUUGUGCAGUAACUCAAUUCAUUAAUGAAAAGGCCAUGGGUACAUGAAACAGUUAACAAUAAGAAGCAAUAGUUCAUAGGUGACAUUUACAGAACUUUGAAAUUUAGCAAAUUGACGUUAAGGUUGGGUGUCAAUGGUAGUUGUACAGUCAUUUAAAACAGAUUUGUCAAAAGCCUGCUUAAACAACAAAUGAAAGUGGUAGAGACAGGAAACAUGUUUUCAUGUUUGCACUGUAUUUGUGGCCCACAAGGGUUGAAGUGUGGGGAUUUUCAUAAAUUUUACAACAAAGUAUUGCAAUAUCAUGAUGUGCUUUCUGUUGGGCUUGUAAGAGUUUUUGAAAACUACUUUAAUUUUUCUCCAGUUCCAAUGGAAAUUUCUGUAGGUUAUUUGCCUUGAAAGACAAACCAGGCCUUAAAAUGAAUUACAUCCAUUAAGAAAACUUAAUAAUAAUAAUUAUUAUUAUAAUAAUAAUGGGAUUUUGCAGUGGACAGUCCAUGAGGUGGCUCUUCUUGUCCACUGUUUUCAGGUUGAAUUAGAAUUUAGAAUGUUUGUUUUUGAAAAAUUUUCAAGCACUUAUUUUUUACAAAUUACGUGAGAAAUAGUGUCAUUACUUGGUAAUAAUUUACAUGAAGAAAGCAUCACAGAAAAUAAAGUCAUUCAGAAUUUUAA